UAGACGCAUGAAGUGUGCAGUACGUUACCAUUUCUAUUUAUUAAUGAAAAUUAACAUGCAGAAGAAUGAGUUGUUUCGGAUGCAGUCCUCAAUACCCAAGCGUCAAACAAUUUACAACUGAAGGUUUGCUCCUACACAAUAGCAUAAGACUCAAACAUAACGUUCCACCAUUAAAGUUUGCAAAAGAUCUAGUCCAACAUGCACAGGAAUGGGCGGAGUAUUUGGUUAAGACAAACCAAGACACUCCCGAGGUUCAGCAUCUUAGAAGAAAGAAUAUUGGGCAAAAUGUCACUUUAAAAGAUUCUUACGAGAAUUACGCCGUCGACUACUCAGCUGAAGAUAUCAUAAAAGAAUGGUACAGCGGGGUAGAUAUCUACCAGCCAUAUUUUGGAAGGGAACCACCACCAUUAGAAAUAAUCAAAGGUUAUGGACAUUUUAGUCAAAUGGUAUGGAAGGAUACAAAGGAAAUGGGAAUGGGUAAAGCUAUAGGAAACGACAGAACAGUAAUAGUAGCUUCAUACCGACCAGCUGGUAAUGGCCUUGGAAAAUUUACUGACAAUGUCAAGGAACCUGAUGACAAAGUUCUAAUAUUCAAGCAUUUCAAAAUGUAGAUUUCGUUAUGUUAAUGCAAAGUCAAUUGUAACAAUUUAACUUAAUUGAAAUUCAUGUUUCUUA